AUGUCGUCAGUAGAGCUGGAAGUGGCUGUUCUUAGCCUUGAGGUCAAGAAGAGGGAUAUGCAAGCAGAAGGAGAGCUGGCCUCGGAUGAAGAUGUCAAGGUCGCACUGCUGGCAGAGCUUCAGAUGAAGCAAGAUGGGGAGGCUGCGCAAAUGAUGGAAACUCUUACUGCUGUGGACAAUGAACACAAGAAACAGAUUCUGAAUUCCCAAAGAAAACAGCUAGAAGAUAAACGCUAUGACAACGUAGCAGGAAUUUUGUUUACCUUCGCCAAUGAGGAAGAUAUAUUUGGGGAAGGAAAGGGAGAGGAUGAGGAAGAAAAGACAGAAGAGGAAAAAGAAGAUGAUAAGGUUGUGAAAGCCUUAGAGAAAAAGUAUGACGCAAUGAGAGACAAACUACUUAUUGAGGCUCUUAUGAAAGAAAUGGGAGAAGGUGACUGGAACAGACUUUCCGAGCUGGAACGACAGAAGAAACUUCUGGAGCUCAAGAUGAAAGAGAAAAGACUGAGGAGAGAAGGAAAAAUGGACGAAGUGGCUGCCUUGCUGGGACAGUUUUUGGAUGACAAUGAAGAGAUGCGUCGCAUGCUGGGGGAGACAGAGGAAGACCAGAAGAGACGAAUGCAGGAGAAAUUGGCCCUGAGGAGGAAGCUGAAGGAGGAGAGGGAGGCCCAGGGGCUGGCUGUUGAUGAUGAGACAUUGGAUGAGCUGGUUGAGGAGGAGGAUAAGAAGAUACGCAGAAGGAAUGUGCUGGAAAAUCUGGAUCAUCAGUUUGAAGCAGAGAAAGCUGCUCUGUUGGCUGCCUUCAAAAAACAGAAUGACCAGCUGGAAAGGGAGAAAGAGAGACAGCUUGCCGUAGCCAAGUUAAAGCGUGAGGAGCGGAGAAUCAAACAAGAAGAAAAGUUUGAGUCAGCGGCGAACUUAAUGGCCUUGUGGAAGGAAACGGAUAAAACUCGUGAGGAGCGGAGAAUCAAACAAGAAGAAAAGUUUGAGUCAGCGGCGAACUUAAUGGCCUUGUGGAAGGAAACGGAUAAAACUGUUGAGCAGAACCUUCUCAGUGAGAGGGACAGACAGCGGCAGAUAGCCAGAGACAGGAUUGAGGCCCUGAAGAAGCAGCGAGCUGACAAGAAUAAAGACAAAACACCAGCCACUGAUGACGAACCAGGUGUAUCCUCUGAUAUCACAAAUGAGACUGUGUUCCUUCAGGACAGUAUUCUUGCAGGCAUGGAGAAGCAUCAAGGAGAUGAACGUGACAUGUUGAUGACCUUGGUCUCAAAGUAUGAACACAACAAGGACAAGGGAAAGCAAUUUGCUAAAAUGUCAGAUGAGGAUGUGAAACUCCAGCUCCUAAAGCUUGAGCAGAACUAUGCUGAGUGGGAGAAGAAAGUCUCCAAAAGCAUUGCAGACGUCAAUCUAUCAAACCUGCCUCCUAAAAAGAAACUGAAAAUCCAAAUGGAAUCCCAGAAGAGGCAGAAAGAACAAGCUGCCAUUUUGGAGCAGGCCUUGUCUCACAAGUUUGAAU